AAUCUGAGUUCUCUAACUCUGAAGCAUAGACCUAUAAUUAGGCUAAUAGGUCUAUGCUCUGAAGUUAUUAUUGCCCAAUGCCCAAUUAUUGCCCAAUGCCCCACUUCCGUGUUAUUGUUAUUGUUUUGGUUUGGCUUUGACGUACCGCAUUGAGUGAGUAAGUACAGUCAAACUUGUGUGGCCUUCGAACUUGUGGAGAAAAGUGACCGUAUAACACAGCUGGCCGUCUUAGGCAGGACUGAUCAAAUGAAGAAAGCAACAUUCUCUUCUGAGGUGCAAACCGGGGCUGAACUCAGGAUUAGGACUGCCGAUACUCAAGGCAGUGAUUUUUAAUCGCAGAAGUUCAAAAUGGCUGAUAGAUCUUCACCAGCCCAGACUCCUCUUGCCACGCAUAUUGACUAUACAUCGAGAGGGUCUACAGCAGCUUCUUCUAACGCUAAUCAAAGGAGGCCGGAAGAAGUGAAAAUUGACCUGAGUUCAGAUUCAGAGGGCAAAGAAAGUUCAGCUCAACAUGAAAUUACACGGGCCAAAAGUGACGAGGCUGAUGGGGAGAAUCUGCCAACAUUUUCUGUUGUAGAACAUGAGAAAAACACAAGCGCGAAUCCGAGAAAGGAAGAUACUUUUGCCCUCCCUCAUCUAGUACGGAGAAUUGAUUCAGCAGAGGUUUUGCCCAAGCCCUUCAAAAGCACCAACCAGCUCAUUUGUGCAGCUUUCUCGAGCAUUAUUUGCUGCAUUGUCAUUGGAGCGUUUGCAGCGAAGUAUGCCAUGAAGGCUAAAAUCCAGCGCAACAAAGGAACCUACUCGUCAGCACAGGUCAGCGCGAAAAGAGCUUUUUAUCUCGUCAUAGCCGCUGUUGUUUGCGGGAUUCUUAUUGUCACCAUAGUUUUGGCGACUAAUUUGGGAGGUGAUGAUGGAUGGUGAUUGUUAUGUUUGUGUUUUAAAAAAAUAGGAUUUUUUUUUGUUUUUAUGUUAUUUCAAAAAUUUUUGGGGAAAAA